AUGAAGCGCAGCAGCGGGAUCCGCGGGGCAAGGGCUGCCUCUUUGCUGCUGUGCUGCUGCUGCUGCUGCUUCUGGGGGGCCCCCCAGCUGACUGGGGGGGCCCCCCUGGGCUUCUACCCGUAUCCUGAGGGCCCCACGACCGGGCCCCUGGGGGGCCUGGGGGCCCUGGGCCCCUUUGAGUCUUUGCGAGCAGCAGCAAGCGAGUCUGCUGCUGCUGAGAGCGAGUACUACUACUCGGAAGCAGCAGCAGCAGCAGCAGCAGCAGAGGCGGAGGGCCCCCGCAGCAGCGCAGCAGCCCCCGCCGACAGCAGCAGCAGCAAGGAGGCCCUGGAGCAGAUGGUGAAGGCAGUGCCGCUGCGGGGCCUGAAGACUUUGCUGCUGGGUGUGGGGCUGGGUUUGCUGCUGCUGCUGGUGAGCAGCAGCAGCAGCAAAGACCCGCGGACCGGCGAAGAGCUGCUGCUGCAGGAGAAGCUGGCCGAACUCAACAGAGUGGCCAAUGGGGCCCUCCCCCCGCUGCUGCGGCUCGACUGGGCAGCAGCAAUAUCGCUUUUAUCUGUCUUUUUUGCUGCUGCAGGAGCCCUCGAGUUGCUGCUGAGUCUGUACAGGAAGCAGCUAGUAAGGAGGCGGGGGGCCCCCCUGGGGCCCCUCCCGCUGCGGGGCUUUUUGCUGCUGGGUUUGGCGCUGCUGGUGGCCCUCAGGGGCCCCUCUGCUGCAGCAGCAGAUUCGCUGCAGCAGCGCAACAGGGACGCCAACACUGCUGCUGCCGUUGCUCUUGCUGCUGCUGCUGUUGGCCUCAUGCAGUUCCUCUCCAGCCUGCAGCAGCAGCGCGCAGCAGCCGCCAAGCCAGCUGCUGCUGCAGCAGCGUCCAGAGCAGCCGCAGCAGCAGCACUAGCAGCAGCAGCGCCUGCAGCACCAGGAGCAGCAGCAGCAGCAGCAGCAGAUCUGCCCCAGGCCCCGGACUUCCCGCUGAGGCCGCCCAAGUACUUCUAG